AUGGUCGGUCCUGUCGGUCCUGACCGCCAAAAUGAGGCUCGGACCUGUAUUUUGUACACUAACGGCGGUCCCGAUGACCGAUGCAAAAACGGCCGUUGCAGUGCAUCGGUUAUCAGAUGUAUUCGCGGUUAAUUUUCGAGUUCGUUUUUUUUCAUCGGUCAUCAGAUGUAUCGGGGCUAAUAUCCGGUACUGGUUCCCUAAUUUUAUUAUAAACAAACCAGUUACACAUGUGGCCUAUCAAAUUUGUUAAAGGAGCUGUCCCUGGCAAACGAUCGGCGCCAGAUACUUCUGAUGAAACAAAACAAAAUAAAAGAAAGCAGUAUGAGGGGGAACGUAGACCAGACCGCUCAUUUUCUGCUAGUUGGCUGGAGAAAAGGGAAUGGCUAAACUACGACGCUGAAAAAAAAAUCAUGACCUGUUUGAUAUGCAUUAAGUACCCACGCGCAGGCGGUUCCAAGUGUAUUGAACACUUAAAAAACCGGAACUUAUUCAUCACAGGGUGUUCCAAUUUUAGAUUAAGUUCUAUCUUAGACCAUGAAAAGUCUAAAAGCCAUCAAGACUCUAUGGCAAAACAACGUGCAUCAUUACAACCUAAAAAGACCCCAGCAUACAAUUCCUUACUGUCUUUAAAUCAACAUAGAAGAAAGCAACUAGAAUUGAAAUUUAGAAACACAUGCAAUAGUGAAACACAACCGCCCUUUCUCAGAUUAUAUAUGGCUAAAUGAAUUGGACAAAAGUAAAGGCCUAGAUACGGGUGACACUUAUAACAAUGAUAAAGCUGCUGUAGUUUUCCUUCAAUCCAUAGCUAAUGUGACAAGAGAGAAGCUAGUUAAAAUAGUGCAAAAUAUUAAGUUUUUUUCAUUGACUAUGGACGGAAGUACUGAUGAUUCAUCUGUAGAACAAGAAUCAAUCUUUCUACGCUAUUGUAACAAAGGGAAAGUUGAGCAUAAAUUUGUAACCAUGGGUGAACCUGAAAGCACUUCGUCUAAUGACCUAUACAGUUUUGUUAUUGAACAGUUGCAUUCAAAAAACAUUUUUAGUGAAAUGAAUAAAUGUGUGGGCUUUGGCUCUGAUGGGGCGUCAAACAUGACAGGGGUAAGAAAUGGCCUGAUAACUCAGCUAAAGAAUGAUUACCCGAACAUUAUAGGGAUUCACUGCCUUGCUCAUAGGCUAGAACUGUCAUUUAAGGAUGCAAUAAAAAAAAACCAUGCCACAUAUGACAAACUGGUUACCCUGCUCUUAGGACUUUAUUACUUCUAUAAGAGGAGCCCGCUUCAGAGGAAAGGAUUAAAGAAAACUUUCAAGUUGUUAAUGGUACAAGGUUGCCUACCAAAGUGUGUAGGGGGCUCGAGAUGGAUGCCACACAUGAAGACAGCAUUAGGGUCACUUUUUAAAAGUUACUCUGGGUAUAUAACUCAUCUGCAGAACCAAUCCCACAAUAAUCCAAAAGCAGAGGGACUGGCGAAAAUCUUAGCAAGCCUGAAUGUUGUGGUGUUUGCCUUGAUGUUAUAUGAAGUGCUUGAUCCUCUUUGUCGCCUCUCUCUGACGCUACAGGCAGAUGAAUUCACCUUAGGGGAAGCUAUUCUGAUGGUCUUGUCAACAAAGGAUGCCUUAGCUCAACUACAGGGCCAGAAAUCUGAUAAAAUGGUAGAGGUGAUCGAGAGUAAAAGAUUCAUGGGGUAUACAUUGACAUCUAGGGGUUUUAUUUCCGUUGAUAACACCAAACUCAUAGACAACAUAUUGACUGCAAUAAAUACCAGAUUUAGUGAUGUCCUGCAAGAAGAUCUGGAGCCAACAGUGAUAAGCGCAUUGAGACUCUGGCCUGCGGAGCUUACAGCAGAAUAUGACAGAAGGUAA